UCACCGGCCCCUGGUCUCGCAGCGCCCGGGCCCGGCCCCACAGGCCCCCGCGCCCUGCGGCUUUCGGAUGCUGCGGAUCAGCGGAGGGGCCGGCGCGGGCACUGCGGUUGAGCACUGGUUAAUCUGAUCCGAAUGUUAAGGCCUCCCCUCCCCCGACACUCGCAGGGUUUUCCUCUGAGCUCCCUCCAUCUCUCAUCAGCUCUCGGAUGCGGGAGCUGACAUAUCAGAUGGAGCCUGUGCAGCCAGGAGCUCCUCGCAGGAGCCGCCCCACCCUGUGCUCCCACAUCUCCCGAGCUCGCCUCACUCUUCCCCGUGCACAGGAUUCCUUUUAACAUUUAGUCCUAUUUUGUAUGGAGAGCGGGCUGGGGAGGAAGGAGGGCUUCAGGGGCAGCUGAAGGUACAGGAGGUUUCUUCAGCCUCCUGGUCGCUUUGACAGAACCCUGCUAAUCUUUUCUUCUAUCUAGCUCCUUCAUCUAUAGUAUAAUUUGGACUGAAAAGUAAAAUAAUAUUGUUUGGCUCCUUGAACCUUGAAGAAUGUUAGUUUCCGAGGCAUUUUCAACAGCAAAUAUGUUUGAAGUGAUUGUCUAUAAUGGCUUUGCGCACUGCAGUGCAGUUAGGGGGAGGGGGAGGCCAAAACACCGGGGAAGAAAUCAGUCUUUAGGAAGGGGGUCUCUACAGCAACACCUAGAGGUUGUCCCAGAUGCCUACAUAUAUACAGUUCUUAAAUCAGCAAACUUUUCUUUAGCUGUUGCAGUUAAUUUGGCAGGGCUGUCAAUUGUUUGAUUUAUGCAGCUUUCCUAGCGUCCAACUGUGAUAUUAUAUUUUUACAUUGUACUGUUUAUUUCUUCAUUUGCUUCGCUGCUUUUCAUUUUAAAGCAUUUAAAAGUCUUUGAAAUCUAAAAUAAGGUUUGAAGGAUUUCAGAAAUGAUUUUACGAGGUCAAUUUUUCUGGUCCUUUUGCAAUAUCACACUGCAUCCUAUCAGUGAAGGAUAUUAACGUUCCAUCUUAUGACUCUGCCUUCCCUACUUCGAAAUGAAAAUGUACUCCUGUAGUUUUUGUGUUUAUUGUUGUUAGAGUAAAUUAGACAGAUUAGACAGUGGUCACAGCAUGAAUGUAGUCCGAUACAUAGGGCUUAUGUUGUGGGAAAAACGUAUGCUGGAAUUAUUUUUGUGAGAGACAAAAUGAUUAUUUGGCAUUAAUACUGCAUUCACUUCUUUAGAAAAGUAUGUUCUUUUUCAGAAGAUCUCAACUUUGACACUGGGAAAUAAGCUAUUUAAUAAGCCAUUACAGCUGAAAAUGGUUAAAAGGCAGUUUUCAAUGGAGUGUUUCUUCAGGUUUUUUUUUGUUUGUUUCUAUGUGCUAUUACACUGAUGUUACACUGUACCUGCAAAAACUGGGAAAGAUGUGCCCUUCCCCUCACGUCUGUGAUUUCGGUUCUUUAAACGUUGCAUCCGGGCUUCCCAUUACACAAUUGUAUAGAGCUGAACAUCAGACAAGUUCUUUAGCAGGUAAUUGCACUUCGCACACCUAGGAGUCAGACACUGUUGAGAUACUCCAGUCUCCAUAUAGCCAGAGCCACACCCAGGAGUUCUCAGUCCUGUCAUUCCUAUCCUAUCCUGGAGCUUUCCUAUCUCUUGAGUCUCAGAAGGAAAAAUUGAGGGCAAAGUUAGAAUACACCUUUCUGUGAUGGUGAAUUCCUUCCUGAUGAUGUUUGUGUAAAAAAAACACACACACACACAAAUGAAACAGGAAAUUUUGUGCAGUUGCCGCAUGUGAAAGCUUGCUACUAGGCUUCGAAGGGCAUAUAAAAUAAUAUAAUAUUGUGGGCCAAGCCUGAGAAGUGAGAGUAGCCCUAGAACACAAGUGACCUCUCACUAGCAGGCCGAAGGAAGGUAUUUGCCUAUGCUUUGACUAUCCACUUACGAAACCUGAGACUGCUUCCUUGCUUUCUGUAAUGAGCUACCUUAUGUAGGCAGAUGGUAUUUCUUAACCAACAGAGAGGCUUAGUGGAUAUAGUCUGUUCUGCUGUACUGCUCUGUGAGGAGGAGUAUUUUUCAGGUCCAGGCCGAAUAGACCUGAAGUCUGUGGUGUCCCAUUUACGUUUACUCUCCCUCAUUCUAUGCUCCUCGUGUUCCUUUUUUUCUUUUUUUUUUUUUGGACUCAUUCACUCUGCUCUGAUUCCACCUCUCAGCAUAAUUUGAUGAAAAUCUGGGUGGGGGAUAUCAAAGUAGAAAAGUAGCUUAUAAGAUGAGGUUAAACAAAAGUUGGUGAGUCAAAUGUUUGGAAAGAAGGGGAAACAGAAAUGGGCGGGAUAGAAAGAUGGUCUUGAGAAAUAGUGAUGAGUGUGGUGAAAGGAUGCAAAUUAUUGAGGGAGAGCAAGAAAUGAGGUAGGCUCCUUGUCCUUGGCUGCUCUCAUUCCUAGUGCUGUAGUUACAUGCUUCUUUCAUUCUUUUAUUAAUUCAUUAAAUGCCAUUUUGUGCUAUUAUAUCAAAUGGUGCUUUAAAUAUCCAAACAUAUCCAAAGCAAUGUCUGAAAACUGGGCUUUUCAGAGGCACAUAUAUAGCAAAUACAAAAUAUGGUCCAUAAUAACGUUAACAACAAAAAUGUUACUUUUACUAUAGUAUUAACACUUUGUACAUUGGAAUUGAAAGUUUGAAAGAGCUAUACUUUUAGAAAAACAACAAAAAUAAUUUUUAUUUCUCUAUAUUUGUAGACAUUUUGAACGAGGAAAUUAGCGUUGGUUUAUGUUAAAGUAUAGGCUGGUGUAGGACUUUAUACUAGUUGUUAGUAUUAGAGUAGGUAUUCCAUGUCAUCAUGUUAGUUUUUUUCUUCUAUUCUUUCACUUCAUGAGUACAUUUAAAUUAUUAGGAUUGGAGUCCUAGGCUCAACGUAUACAUCUAAUAAAAGUUGUAUAUACAUUUUUUAAACUGAUGAAUCUAAAUAUUCCCCAAUCUAUGAAUACCCAACUUAUCUACAUUAUUCAUUUAUUCAUGUUUUUAAUAAAUGUUUAAUAGCUUUUUUGCAUACCUGACAUUUAGCGUGUAAACACCCUAGAGAGUUAGUAGGAUGCUUACGGUAAAGCCAGGUGUCUCCUGUGAGGCCAUGUAUCUUUUGACCAUUUGUUUCUAAAUAGCUGUUGUUCACAGGGUAUGGGUGCUGUCUGUUGGUUGGGGGUGGUAAUGAUUGGCAUUGGCCCUCUUUUCGCAGAUACAGUACCCCGCAUUUUGGUGAAAAAAAUUGUCUACUUGGUAGUUGCAGUUAGAACAUAACUUGCUGGGUCCUUGAAUUAACUUUGGAGGGGUCAGAAAGAAGGGAUGAGUGGUACAGGAAGAGGGAGGAGAGCUGUAGGAUGACGAAAUGUGGAAGCCAGGCUUAUGAUACCAUUUCUUUCCGUAUUUACUUGCCAUGUACAGGCACAGUUCUAGGCUCUGGAAAGGAAAGGAGGACACUUGGUCACUGCCCUCAUGCAGCUUGCAAAGUCUAGGGGGUCACUGUCAUUCCCCUUUCCUUGAUAUCAUGGUCUGGAGGCAGUGUGAUCUGUCAGACUCAGGACUAGCUGGGGCCUAGGGAAGAUCAGAAAAGUCCUUCCCUGCUCUUUUCAUCUCUACUUCUCCUAAGUGAAAAGAAUAUACAGUUGUUUUUAGAAUAUUUUAGCUGUUUCACCACAGUUUACUUCCCUCUACCCUUGAAUGAGGAGUUGAUGUGAGUACUGUCAGAGUAUUUGGAGAGGCAUACUAGGGCAAAAGGUGUCAAAGGCAAGGGGAACAGCUUGACUGAAAACCAUGGAAACUGGGAAGGUGCUUAAGGGUCAGGCCAGUGAGUCAUCCAGGUUUGAUGAAGCUGGGGGCUAGUGGGAGGGGAUGUUUAACUCAGCUCAAAUAAGCUGAAGUAAAAGCAGGUUUGUCUUAGGGAUUGCUAGGUCCCAGAGGAGCAUGUAUUUUAAAUAUUGUACAGUAUGCUUACAUUAAUUUUAUUAUUCGUCACAGUUAAUGUUUAGUUUUUCAUCUAUGUUAUUAUCUAAAAUAGGUUUAUUUGUUUGGCUUAGCCUGGUAACGCAGUUUUCUUUGAAUGUUUCUUUGAGAAAAGACAUUCUGAGUCCAAGUUGUAGGCAGCUAAUUAAAAAAAAAAAAAAAGAAAGAAAGAAACAUCACCAGCUCCUAACAUGGGAUCUCCCUUGGUCACUGUUUUCAGUGACGUCCUAAUUAUCCUUUACUCAUAAGCUCCCUGAAGCCUCUGGGAUGUCCAUGCCAUUUUAUGGUUUUUUGUUUUGGUUUGGUUUUUAUUGUCUUUUCCUUCACCAGUUUGAUUUUUGGUGGCAGACUGCUAGAGUUUAAUAGCUAAUGCUCUUAUCCAUUCCCCAAUGAUAGCAUAAAGUAAAACAUCCUAUUGCAGAUGGAAUUCCAGGAGGGUGAACAAUGCAGAUUCUAAAACGGGUGUCAGGACACAGUUUUAACUAUUUUAACUUAGAUUCUUUGGCUUAGGAAGACAAAGUUUUAAGAAUUAUGCAGAUAAUUAUAUCAGAUGGCACUUUUGUAAACUUAAGAGCCACAGAGCACUUGGUCAUCCUUUAAAAAUUCAAUUUGUUUUCUUAUUUUUUUUGCUCAAGUCCUGUGGAUAAUGUCACCUGUAAAUGAUUUAACAUUAUUAACAUAAGCGUGUGGAAAAUUGGCCUCUGAUGCAGUCUCCUUGGCCUACACUAAGUAUAAGCACUCUUUAUCUCCUGUUUGUGUGGCUGGGUCCAAAAUGGAUGAAGGACCGAGAACCUUUUCAGAUGCGUCUAGUGCUCAUUAUCUAUAAUUUUGGGAUGGUUUUGCUUAACCUUUUUAUCUUCAGAGAGUUAUUCAUGGGAUCAUAUAAUGCGGGAUAUAGCUAUAUUUGCCAGAGUGUGGAUUAUUCUAAUAAUGUUCAUGAAGUCAGGAUAGCUGCUGCUCUGUGGUGGUACUUUGUAUCUAAAGGAGUUGAGUAUUUGGACACAGUGUUUUUUAUUCUGAGAAAGAAAAACAACCAAGUUUCUUUCCUUCAUGUGUAUCAUCACUGUACGAUGUUUACCUUGUGGUGGAUUGGAAUUAAGUGGGUUGCAGGAGGACAAGCAUUUUUUGGAGCCCAGUUGAAUUCCUUUAUCCAUGUGAUUAUGUACUCAUACUAUGGGUUAACUGCAUUUGGCCCAUGGAUUCAGAAAUAUCUUUGGUGGAAACGAUACCUGACUAUGUUGCAACUGAUUCAAUUCCAUGUGACCAUUGGGCACACGGCACUGUCUCUUUACACUGACUGCCCCUUCCCCAAAUGGAUGCACUGGGCUCUAAUUGCCUAUGCAAUCAGCUUCAUAUUUCUCUUUCUUAACUUCUACAUUCGGACAUACAAAGAGCCUAAGAAACCAAAAGCUGGAAAAACAGCCAUGAAUGGUAUUUCAGCAAAUGGUGUGAGCAAAUCAGAAAAACAACUCGUGAUAGAAAAUGGAAAAAAGCAGAAAAAUGGAAAAGCAAAAGGAGAUUAAAUUGAACUGGACCUUAACUGUUGUUGACAGUGAGGAAAAACUCCCAUAUCAUAUAAAAUUUCAGGGAAAACAGAAGCAAAGGAGAGCUUGGGGGUGGGGAGAAGAGACAAAUGUGCUCUAUGUCCUAGUAACUCUUAGACUGGGUAAAGUGUUAAUACCAUACCCAGAUGUUUUAUUUAUGAAGUUUUUAUUUUAAACAUUUUUUUAAAAAAUUAGCCUUGAUAUUUUCCAGACCAAAGCAAUCAUUAAGUGACUUUGGGGAUUCUCCCCCUGUUCACAUCCAGUUGUCUAAAGGAUGAGAUUUUUCAUGUAUCUUAUAGUCACUCAUUCUUCGGUCUGAAUUUUAGACGAUCACAGAAACGGUCUUUAUGAAUUAUUUUGAUAAAUUACUAAUUAUCUUAUCUACUGACUGAAAUCAGUGGUGUUACAUUUUCUUGUCCAAAGCUGAAAAUGUGUAUACACUUAAACUUGCACAUUUGAAUUCAUUUGCUGACCGGAAUGGUCAAAUCUCUCCACCUCUAGUCAGAGUAUAAUUUUGGUUUUAAUUAAAUUUUUAAAAUCUACUGAUCUCUGUAGAAUCUUAGAGGCUUGAUGAUGAUGGUGUUGGUGAAAAUAAGAAAGAAUUGCAGUAAAGUCUUGUCUGGUGACCCAGAGAUCACCAUGACUCGAGGCACAAAUCACUGUGGGGAAACAAUUUUUUGUGAUGAAAAGGCAGCAUUUGAAUACUCCUGUUAGUAGCAGAAAUAUAUUAUGAAAAUUAAGAUUAUUGUCUGAUUGAAACAUGAAACAACUCAUGUCUUUAUUAGUAACAUCAUAAGAUAGUUACAUUUAUGUGCUGUUAGAAUAUGUUGAUUUUUAUCAGGCUUUCCUUGUUUUGAUUUAUGGCUGUUCCUGAUUUUUCAUAUGUGGAAAUAUACCUACCUCUUCCGUUGGAAAGAACAUUUAAAAUUAAAUAAAUUUUAAUUAAAAAAUCAAGGAGUCUUCUAAUGUAAAUUUUAGUGUUAACUUUCAAAUCCACUAGUAUUUUUUUUUUGCUUUUAUGACAAAUAGCAUACACCAAACAUUUCUGUGAAACUAUCCUUCUCUUUCAAUGUGUUUAAUUUUGGAGUAACGUUUUCCUUGUGACUAAGUUGCAAGAUCUUAUUUAUUAACUAGGUAUGAAGUAUAAACCCAUUUUGGUGCAAUAUUCUUGACUCCUUGGUGCUAAAGAUUGUUAAAUUCAAUGCUUGAUGUUACAAGGUGUUGUUAAAACACAAAAUGAAUAAAAGUGAGAGUAGUCAGAACUAUAACAUUCAAUUUGCUAUUUACAAAUGAAGUAUUUCAUGUAAUAUAAGUGAACAACUGGAAAUAAAGUAGGAAAGAACUUGUAUCAUGUUUUACUACAUAGGUUAAUUUUUUAAGGGAUGUUGCAAAGGGAUUACUAGAGAAAGACAAAAUGUGACCCAAAAAAAGCAUGAAUAUUUCUUAAGUAUCUCAACAACAUGUCAAAGCUGCAUGUGUAGGAUGUAUGCUGUUUGUACAAACUAUUUCAGAAUAUUUUGUAAGCUAUAACAUAUUUAUUGUGCAUUAAAAUGAAAUACUUUUUCCCCAAAGGCAUGCAGUCAUGAGAAUUACAGAAAAUUUGCAACAUAUAAAGUAGUUUGAUCUAAGAGGAUUCAACACCUUUGUUUUGUUGCUCAGUGUGUAAUGACUGAGAUUUGUAAAUCUUUGUGAACAUUCUGUACUGGUUCCCAAGAGCUAUUCAUUCCCUGCUACCUGAUUUCAGCACAAUAAAUAUACUUCUGCUGUGGGAAAAAAUGAUUUUUUUUUGUUAAUCAGUUUAUUAUAAUGUAAACUGUCUGCUAGAUGUUUAUUUGAUUUAGUUAAUUCUAAAUUGUUUUCUGCUGCUAAUUUCUUAUAUAGAAAAAAUCAGACUAGAACUUGGGUAUCUACCAUUUCUGGUAAAAAGCUUAUUUUCUAUAGUAGCAUAUUUUUACUUUAAAAAUUAGUUGCUUUUGGAAGAGCUUUUCAUUCAGACAUAAAACAUACCAUUUUCUUCUAAAUUAUUCUUAACAUAAAUGGGGAAGUUCUUGUAUUCUUUCAUUUAAAUCAUUCAGUCCUUACUAUAAGUUUCUUUAUAGAAGAUGAUUAUAAGAUGUCAUAAAUACAGCCUUUUCCAGUAGCUUUCAUAAUUUCUCUAUUAUCACAGAUAUGUUGCAUGCCUUAUAUCUAGAAACUGAUGAAUAAAGAUUGUGUCUCCUACUUGGUAAAACUUUGUCACUAACUGAAGUAACAUUUUCUUACAUAGAAGACAAGGAAUUUGUUAAAUACUUACAAUAACUAGAAAUACCUGAGACAUGUGAGUUUUCCUCUAUAAUAGAUGGCCAUACGUCUUUCUCUUUCCUUUGUUACUUCUUCAUUUUUUGGUAGAAAUGAGAUUUCAUUAUGUUGCCCAGGCUGGUCUUGAACUCCUCACCUUAAGCAAUCCUCCUGCCUUGGCCUCCCAAGUCUGUUACUUUUGACUGUUUUGCUGAUGGAAACUAACAAAUGACUAGUUUUAGUUUUAACAUUAUUAAUUCAUUCUCUUUCUCUUGUUGUGCAUGCUCUCAAGGUAUUCAAAAAUAUUUUAACAUGGAUUAUUAUGUUUGUACUUUAGAACAUGGAAUCUAGCAGUGCUUUUAGUUUAUUAGGAAUAUUUUAAUAUACAGGCUUGUUUCAUAUAUGCAACUCAGCUACCCUGUAAAUGGGAAAGAGAACAUAGAGGUAUAAGUGAUUUUUGUUGUAUUAUCUAUUUGACAAUACAAGUCAGAUACUAUAUAUUGACUAUUGGAGCAGAACUUUUGAAUCUCUCUCACCUUCAGAAUGAGACACCACACUGAAGAGUUCACACUCUCCCAGUUCUUUCCUUGUUAUAGCCAUAAUCUCAGCCAGCUGUACUCAUAACACCGUGCUUACUAAGAAAAAAACAGCUACAGCUAACCAGGAUGUGUGCUGGCUGGCCUGCUCAGCAUGGACCUGGGUGGCAGAUUUCAGCAUCCUGCCGGAUGGUAAAUAGGGCAGCAGAGGUGAGAGACUGAUACUAAGCUGUGUACACAGGCACACAACACACAACAUCUGAGCAGUAAUCAUAAAACCUGCUGAAGGAAAUUGGUCACCUGCCACGCAGCGUGCAAGUAAUUUUGGCAAGUGACCUUAGAAAGCAAGUCCUUAUUAGUGGUGUAAUUUAGAAUCCAUGCUUAGUCUUUUGUAUUUUAGGCAGAUAACUUCUGAAUGACAAGAAUAUUUGUGAAAAGGAAGAGAAGUAGAAAUGGAUUCCUUUUUUGUUGUAUUUUUGCACCAACCUAAUAUUUUUGUUUCAAAAUACUACAAAUCAUUUAAGUGUUAGAAGUUAGUUUUCCUAUAAAUUACAGAGGGGAAGGCACAGCUGUGAAUUGAAAGGCAAAGAUCCUUUUCAAUUUGUUUUCAUAGGAGGCUGUGAAUCCUGGAGGAGAUUUAAAAACCUAAAUUUAAAAUAAUUGAUAUAUAGAACCACUGCCACAUGAAGAUUGUAAGAUUUUAGAAUGUAUCACUGGAAGAGCCUUGUGACUUAGCCAGAAGGGGAUCCAGAGCUGUCUUUAGAUGAUUAAUGGGAAUGCUAUGAAUCAGUCACCCCUUGGUGUUCUUUCAGACUUAGAAAUGUCGGUUUUGCUGUUUCCUUUGAGAAAUUAAACGUUCUUCUAUCUUUUUCUUUUAA